UAUAUCGUUAAAAGGGUUAGGCACAUUGGACGGUCCUGAUUCAUGAUCUAGGAAACCCAGUUUAAUUAUUAUUGUAGAUGUUGAACAUCAAUGGGAAAUGAUGUAACUUUCAAUAAGUCCUUGCAGAGCCUUGUAACACUUGUACCAAGCCCUUGUUGGAAGCCUGGAACAGAACAAAAACCCUAUAUACUAUAUCAACCGAAGCAGCCCUUUACCUAUGUUUUUCUUAUAUUCCAUUUCUCUCUUCUUCGUUUAGGAUUAGAGAGCAUCCACCUCUCCCCCCUUUUCUCCCUUCAUGGAGUGAAACAGCCUUGUUUCUCUCUUUUAUCAUAUUUUAAUUGUUUUUGUUUUUUCAUUUCACUUGAAUCAAAAAGAAAGGUGAAGCAGGGAUAUUGGAUAUAGAAAAAGGAAGGAUGUCUCGUAGCUGCUCUCACUGUGGAAACAAUGGCCACAACUCUCGUACAUGCGGAGAGGUUGCUGGUGGUGGAAGCAGUGGCGGAGGAGGAGGAGAGAACGGCAUCAUGUUAUUUGGUGUUCGAGUCACGGAAGGAUCGUUCAGGAAAAGUGUUAGCAUGAAUAAUCUUUCUCAGUUUGAUCAGCCUCGGGAUUCUAACGCCGAUGCUGGCUAUGCAUCUGACGACGUAGUUCAUGCAUCUGGAAGAAGCCGUGAGCGCAAGAGAGGUGUUCCAUGGACGGAGGAGGAGCAUAGAUUAUUCUUAUUGGGGUUGCAGAAAGUAGGGAAAGGAGAUUGGAGAGGGAUUUCGAGAAACUUUGUGAAGACACGUACGCCUACGCAGGUAGCUAGUCAUGCUCAGAAGUACUUUCUCAGGCGAAAUAACCAGAAUCGGAGGCGUCGUAGAUCUAGUCUUUUUGAUAUAACAACCGAUUCCUUCAUAAAUUCAACCAUAUUGGAAGAAGAUGAAGUCGUCCACCAAGAAAACGUUUCGUUACCGCUGCCGCUGACACAGUCACAGCCACAGAUGAGUGGAUUUCCUAUGUCAACGUUUCCAGUGACUUUAAGUCCGGUAGUUUUACCAGUCACGGGAGAAAAUAACUCCAUGGAGAAUCUCACAUUAGGGCCGAGCCCCAAAGCAAAAACGUCUCCAAAGCUUAUCCGUCCAAUACCAAUUCUUCCGGUUCCUCCAUCAUCGAAAAUGGCUGAUCUUAAUUUAAACCAGAAGACCCAAGUUGACCCCUUGCCUCUAUCGCUAAAACUCUCAACGCCAUCCGCCGAUGAGCAGUCAAAGGCGACGGCAGCAGCGGCAGUGGCAGCAGCAGCAGCAGCACACUCGUCUACUUUUCAGGCCAUGUCAAGUGGGGAUAGCAAUAGCAUCAUCAGUGUUGCUUGAAAAGGGUGAAGCAGAUAUGAUGAGAUUACAUUAAUUAUAUGAAAAAAUGAUUAGAUUAUUAGGUGAUUAGGUGAAAUUCCUUGUUUUGUACAGGUUAAUUAUUACUUAAUUAGGGGAGGGGUCUAAAGAAAGUUGGGUGUCGUUGUCUUUGAUUACGUGGGUUGUAUUCUUGUUCAGUCUGUCUGGUUCCUUUCAGUGGGCGAAAUGGAAGGGCACCAGGUGCUCUUCUCUGUUCAUUUUGGUUUUUAGGAGCUGGGUAUCCUAUUUAUGUGAUUGCCAUUUUAAUGCUUUGCUGUUCUUUUA